CAUGUGUAUGUGUCCAGGAAGAAGCAGUUUUAUGGCACACAGACUACAGCUGAAUAUCAGCUUGUGGAUCACAAAUAAGGAACUGUAGAGGAACAGCGGAGGAGCGUUGGAGGACAUCUGGAUCUGGAUUCUCUGGAGCAUCAGCUAAGUUCCCGAGGAGACGAAGGGGAGCAGAGGCAACCAUGUCGUCUCCUGUCCUGGACGAGUACUGUGGCUCAGUCUUCUGGAAUGCCUCAUACCUGGACCGGCCCGACCCAGACCUGCCGGUGUGUCUGGAACAGACGGUUCUGGUGUGGAUCCCGCUUGGGUUCCUGUGGCUCAGCAGCACCUGGAACCUGGUAGCACUCUGCAAGAACAAAGCCCCAGCACGGAACCUCUCCAAGCUCUAUCUCAGCAAGCAGAUCCUUGCUGGACUUCUAUUUCUAACAUCUGUGGCAGGCCUUGGUGUCACGCUCGGGGAGGAUUUUGGGCCCAACAGUGAUUCUGAGACCAGUGGGAGGAAUGCAACAGUCUAUUACGCCAACCCUGCGUUAUUCGCUGUCUCAUGGAUCCUGGUGAUGCUCCGGCAUGAGAAUAUCCGGCGUAAGCCCAUGGCGGUGGACUCGGGAUCGCUCUUCCUCUUCUGGCUGCUGCAGGUGGUGUGUGGCGUCUUCGCCUUUCAGACAGUCCUGCGCAAGGCCCUGUCAGAGGAGGGCAUCUCAGAUCUGCCUCUCGUCUGCCUCUUCUACAUCGGCUAUGGCCUGCAGGUCAUCUCCAUGGUCUUUGCCGGCAUAGCCGACGUGCCGCCCGAGGCCCAGGACAUGGCCAAGAAGAAUCCCGAGGUGGGAGCAGCCAGCGUCAGUCGGAUCACAUUUAACUGGUUCAACAGCAUGGUCUUCAAGGGCUAUAAGAAGCCGCUGGUGCAGGAGGAUCUGUGGGAUCUGAAUAAGAAGGACUCCACACGCCAAAUCUUGGACAUGUUCGAGCUGGUGAUGGUGAAGGAACUGGCCAAGGCACGCGUCAGGUUCCAGAAGGAGAUGAGGAAGUGGAAGGCCAAACAGAGAGAAGAGCCACACGCUAACGGACUGGCCAAAGGAGUCAGCCAAGAUGUACUAGUCAUGGAGGAGCGAGGUAGUAGCAAAGACAAGAAGAAAAAGAAAGAGAAGAAGAAGAAAGAGGAUGAAACGCCACAUCCAAACUCCUGGCUAAUUCCCUCCAUUGGAAAGGCCUUCAAGUGGAUGCUGAUUGAAUCUGCCUUCUUUAAGCUGCUCUAUGACCUGCUGGCGUUUGUCAGUCCCCAGCUGCUCAAGCUGAUGAUCUCGUUCACGGAGGACACGUCUAUCUACACCUGGAAGGGCUAUGUAUACGCCGUCCUGCUGCUGCUGUUGGCGGCUCUGCAGUCCGUCUUCCUGCAGCAGUAUUUCCAGCGCUGCUUCGUGCUGGGCAUGAAGGUCCGCACCGCCCUAAUGGCCGCCGUCUACAAGAAGGCCCUGAUCGUAUCCAACGACACACGUCAGGAGUCCACGGUGGGCGAGACGGUGAACCUGAUGUCGGCGGACGCGCAGCGCUUUAACGACGUGACCAACUUCGUGCACCUGAUCUGGUCCUGCCCGCUGCAGAUCGCACUGUCUAUAUACUUCCUGUGGCUGGAGAUGGGCCCCAGCGUGCUCGCCGGCCUGGCGGUCAUGAUCGUCAUGGCCCCCAUCAACCUCGUCCUCGCAACCAAGUCCAGGGACCUGCAGGCUGAGAACAUGAAACUGAAGGACAAACGCAUGAAAAUAAUGAACGAAAUCCUCAACGGUAUGAAGAUCCUGAAGCUGUAUGCGUGGGAGCCGUCGUUCGAGUCCCAGAUUCUGGCCCUGCGCGAGCUGGAACUGAAGCGCAUGAAGAAGAUCGCCUACUACUCCUCCAUCUCAACCUUCAUAUUCGCCGCCGCUCCCGCCAUUGUUUCCUUGGCAACGUUUGCUGUGUUUGUAUCAGUGAGUCCAGACAACAUCCUGGAUGCUCAGAAAGCCUUCACGUCCAUUUCCCUCUUCAACAUCCUCAGAUUCCCUCUUGCUAUGCUUCCCAUGCUCAUAGGAGCCAUGGUCCAGAUCACCGUGUCCAAAAAACGCCUGGAGAAGUUCCUGGGUGGAGAGGACCUGGAUAGUAACGCUGUGACCCAUAACCCCAGCAAUAGCAGUGCCAUCUCGGUUGUGGACGGUGCUUUCUGCUGGGGAAAAGACAAUAAUGUGACCCUGAGGGACGUGAAUCUGGAGGUCAAGCCUGGCCGCCUGUUGGCCGUGGUGGGAGCCGUGGGCUCCGGGAAGUCCUCCCUCCUCUCUGCCCUGCUCGGGGAGAUGCACAACAACAAAGGCUCCAUCAACAUGCUGGGCUCCGUGGCAUACGUCCCACAGCAGGCGUGGAUCCAGAAUGCAACGCUGCGCGACAACAUUCUGUUUGGGAGUGAGCUGGAGGGCCGCCGCUACGAGGGCGUGCUGGAGGCCUGCGCUUUGAAGCCAGACCUGGAGCUGCUGCCCGGCGGAGACGAGACCGAGAUCGGGGAGAAGGGUAUUAACCUGAGCGGGGGGCAGAAGCAGCGCGUGAGCCUGGCCCGGGCCACCUACAGCGGCGCGGACACAUACCUGCUGGACGACCCGCUGUCCGCCGUGGACUCCCACGUGGCCAAGCACCUGUUCGAGAAAGUCAUCGGCCCCAAGGGACUGCUCAGGGACAAGACUCGCAUCCUGGUGACUCACGGCGUCAGCUUCCUACCUCACGUGGACGAAAUUGUGGUGCUGUCGGACGGGCGUGUGUCCGAGGUGGGCUCCUACGAGAGCCUGAAGGCCAGUGGGGGGGCCUUCUCAGAGUUCCUGAACACCUACGCCAAAGAGGAGAGCAACAAGCCAAAAAAGGAGGAGUCCAGUGACACGGAGGAGGUGGAUUUGACCCCUGAGACAGAAGAUGUCCAAGCCGACGGCCCCCCUGAGGACGUAGUCACCACCACACUGAGGAGGAACAGCAGCAUCAGAGGCAGCCAGAGGCACGCACAGCGCAACGGCAGCACAUUGAGUGACACUCCGAGUGUCAAGCUGAGGAAAAGUAGCUCUGUGCGGAGCAAGAGGCCGUCUGAUGAGAGCAAGAAAGGCCAGCGCCUCAUUGAAAAGGAAGCCAUGGAAACCGGCACAGUGAAGUUCUCAUUGUAUGUUCAGUACUUGCGUGCGAUGGGCUGGGGCUACACCGCGCUGGUCUUCCUCAUGUAUUUCAUCCAGAACAUCGCCUUCAUCGGCUCCAACCUGUGGCUGAGCGACUGGACCACAGACUCGAUCACCUAUUUCAACCAGACUUACCCCGCCAGCGUCAGGGACAUGAGGAUUGGCGUCUUCGGAGUUCUCGGUGUGGCACAAGGCUUCUUCAUCUUCCUGGGUACGCUGCUGCUGGCGGACGGGGCGAUCGCGGCGUCGCGCCUCCUCCACUCGCGCCUGCUGGGCAACGUGCUCCGAGUGCCCAUGAUGUUCUUCGACACCACGCCCUCCGGCAGGGUCGUCAACCGCUUCGCCAAGGACAUGUUGACGGUGGAUGAGAUGAUCCCGAUGUCGUUCCGCUCGUGGCUGCUGUGUCUACUGGGCGUGAUCGGCACCCUGUUCGUAAUCUGCCUGGCCACACCCCUUUUUAUCGCCGUUAUCGUGCCUCUGGCUGUGGUGUACUAUUUUGUACAGAGGUUUUACGUGGCGACUUCGAGGCAGCUGCGUCGUCUGGACUCUGUGUCUCGCUCCCCCAUCUAUUCCCACUUCGGGGAGACUGUUGCCGGGCUGUCGGUCAUCCGGGCCUAUGGACACCAGGAGCGCUUCCUCAUGCACAACGAGAAGACCAUGGACGAGAACCUCAAGAGUGUCUACCCAUGGAUCGUCUCCAACAGGUGGCUAGCCAUUCGACUGGAGUUUCUGGGAAACCUGGUGGUGUUCUUCUCCGCCUUGUUCGCCGUGAUUUCACGAGAAAGCCUGAACAGUGGCCUCGUCGGGCUGUCCAUCUCAUACGCUCUGAACGUGACUCAGACUUUAAAUUGGUUGGUGAGAAUGACCUCUGAGCUGGAGACCAACAUUGUUGCCGUGGAACGAGUGGAUGAGUACACAGAGAUAAAGAACGAGGCUGCCUGGACCACAGAUAAGCGGCCAGACCAAAGCUGGCCCGAGUCCGGCAAGAUCCGAUUUGAGGACUUCAAGGUCCGCUACCGCCCCGAGCUGGACCUGGUCCUGCACGGAAUCACUUGCGACAUCGACAGCACAGAGAAGAUCGGUAUCGUGGGCCGCACUGGAGCAGGGAAGUCCAGCCUGACCAACUGCCUGUUCCGCAUCAUCGAGGCGGCGGACGGGAAGAUCCUCAUCGACGGAAUCGACAUCGCCGCCAUCGGCCUGCACGACCUCCGCAGCCGCCUCACUAUCAUACCACAGGAUCCGGUGCUGUUCUCGGGAAGCCUGCGGAUGAACCUGGACCCAUUUGAGAAGUUCAGCGACGAGGAUCUGUGGCGAGCCCUGGAGCUCUCCCACCUGAAGGAGUUCGCCAAGGGCCUGCCAGAGGGCCUCCAGUACGAGAUAUCCGAGGGAGGAGAGAACCUCAGUGUUGGCCAGCGUCAGCUACUGUGCCUGGCCAGGGCUCUGCUCCGCAAGUCUCGUAUCCUCAUACUGGACGAGGCCACGGCCGCCGUGGACCUGGAGACAGACGACCUCAUCCAGACCACCAUCCGCAAGGAGUUCAGCGACUGCACCGUCCUCACCAUCGCACACAGACUCAACACCAUACUGGACAGCUCGCGAGUGAUGGUGUUGGAUGCUGGUAAGAUUGUGGAGUUUGAUACGCCAAGCGCUCUCUUCAAAAAGCAAGGACAUUUCUUCUCCAUGGCAAAGGAUGCUGGAAUUAACUCGGUUGAAUACAGUGACCAUACCAUGGCAAAGGAUGCUGGAAUCACCUCGGUUGAAUACAGUGCACUAUAACCUGCAUAUGGUACAUGUCUAUUACUGUAUCAUUGGUCUAUGACCAUACCAUGGCAAAGGAUGCUGGGAUUUCCCCUUUGGAUCACAGUGUUCUAUAGUAGCUGGACAACAUGGGGAUCCUAUGCUUGAUUUUCUUCUUCUUCCUUCUCUCUCUCUCUCUCUCUCUCUCUCUCUCUCUCUCUCUCUCUCUCUCUCUCUCUCUCUCUCUCUCUCUCUCUUUCUCUCUCUUUCUCCCACCCCCCUUUCUCUCUCUCUUUCUCCCUCACUGUCUCUUUUUUUGUUUGCCUAUGGUCCAGAUUUGUACCACUGCCAAAUCUGGCAUUUAAACUGGUAUUUGUAUGUGACAUAGUAUUUAAGUCUCAUUCAUCUUUUUUGUUGAUUUGUUAUUGAACUGCUGAUCUGUUUGUAAUAUAUUUUCCGGUGUUUUUUACAGUGUGGCCGAGACGAUGUCAAUAUGCUCUUGUGAAACCAAGGCCUCUUUUAGGCCUAUUAUUACUGUUUUAUAUAUUAAUUUUAUAUUUUACUGAAAUAAAUAUGACCACCCGUGAUUGGGGAACACA